AUGGCGGGGCCAGACGGGGGCCCCCCAACUGCACGGCCUGAGGGCCCCGCAGCAGCAGCAGCAGCAGCAGCAGCAGCAGCAACGACACCUGCAAAUCAUGUUCCUGUUGAGGCAUGGGAUGCAAGCGACCCUGCUGCUGCAGCAACAGCAAUACCAGCAGCAGCAGCAGCAUCAGAGGCAGCAGCUUCUUCAGUACCCCCAGCAGCAGCACCACCUGUAGCAGCAGCUCCUCUACCUGCAGCAGCAGCAGCAGCAGCAACACUUGCAGCUGCGACGGUUCCCGAUGUGGCAUUGGCCCCAGCAGCAGCAGCCGUGGCAGCACCACAAGCAGCAGCAGCAGCAGCAGCAGCAGCAGCAGCAACUGUGUCAGCUGCUGCUGCCGACAACCCCGAGGGUUUCUUUCUGUUUGCUCUGGCGUGGCUGCUGGUAGCAGCAGCAGCAGGACUUGUGCUGCUGCGGCAGCAGCGACAGCAGCAACGCGAGAGGCAGUGCCGGCUCAUGGGGACCUUCUCUUGA